AUGACGACAGAGGUUGGUGCUAACGUGAAAUCAGGUGCCAUAGAAAGGAGGCAAUGUACAGCUGCGGAGCACGAGUGCGGCAUUGAAGCAACGCAGUCAGUGGACGCAGACGUACCGGCAGACGCAGAUGCGUUUUCGCGGAUAAUUCGAGAUGUGAUAUCAAGAUUCAUCCUAGCUCUAGAAUGCAACGAAGACAAGAUCUGGAAUGAACUCUUACGGCAGUUGAGAAUUCACGAGAAAGAGUUGCAGCGUGACUCCGCCAGGCGGCAGUUAAGUCACUAUCUGAACCGCAUCCGGAUGCAGCUGCCAGGUAGUGAAGCGCAGACGACAGUCUUAGACUCGACGCUUCGCAUAGUCGGUCAGGAAUUUAUCAGUGCUUCCGAUAAACGCCAGUAUAAAGUAUUCGUAGAAAAACAGGAAUGCAACCGCGAUGAUUUGGAAGGCACAGUUAAAGAAAAGGAUCACACAUGCAAAGAUGAGCCACUGCCAAAGGAACAACGGACAUUGAUGAGAAUGCUUCAAACGUAUGAAAUUCGACCACCUCCUCUUACAAUGAAAGAUCUGACAACCUCCAUCGAAAACGUAACGGACGAAGUUUCAAAACGGGAAGCAACCUGGCAGAGCUUCAGGGGAAACACAGCGAUGGCGACAGGCAUGGCUCUACCAGAGGAGACACUGGCGCACACCGCUGCCUCCGUUACACAGACAUUGCGGUCAACGAGUGUCAAGAUGCGUAAGGAUGCGAGUAAAAGCCCCACGACGGCUCCGAACAAAAAGGACACCGAUACGAAACUAACCGGACGACAGGCUGUGGAGCGGUUCAUCAAGUUACAGCAUUCGGACAAAGAGGAGUUUCUCUACUUCAAUAUCAAUCGCAACAGAACUCGCAAUCCUUAUGACCUAAUUAACGUUCCACAGUGCAUGGCUGAUGCGGAACAUUUUGUCUUCUCCGCGUACGGGGUUCUCCACGUCACAUCAGGAAGAAAGCCGCUGGGAAAGCUUUCUCUCGCUGAGUGGCAGAGGGAGGCAGUCAUCGUUCAUGGCCUGCUCCAACUCUCCUUCUUCCGAGAUUUCUCUAUCAGGAAGUCGUUCUUCACAUGGAAACAGAAUGCUAGACAUCAGAAGAAGGCGAGGAUUAACAUGUGCAUAAGGAAUUCUCUUGUACUACAGUCUCCCCUGUUCGUACACACCCUUCAGGCAGUGCAGAGAGAGCUGCUAAGUCUCGACAGCACAUGGUUGGACCUGAGCACUACCAGCGAUCGGGUUACCGCCGCCGCACGCUGCCGCAACAGCCUGCUAGAACGCUUGAGGCGCAUCCAACUAAAGAUGGACGUUCUAGGAGAGCACAUGGCUCUGGCGACGCUGAGAACCCAAGCUGCCGACGUCCGGCUGCGCCUGCAGCGGAGCCACCGUCGCUUCACGCUGCUCGUCGAUCAUCUGCUGCGAAGCCACCUGCUGCUCACGUCAGCAGCUGCCAUGCGGUGGCUAGCCAGCGCCGACACCGGUCAAGCUAGCCAGACAUCGGACAGUCAAGACUCUGGGAUGGCAGACGGCGGGAAAGUCGCCAGAGAUCAAGAAAUGUCGUGUUUCUGCGAGGAGCGUUUCGAGCAGGAGUCGCCUAUCGUUAGAGGGACUGAUCGAGAGCUAGAUGGGAUAGCAAAGUACGAGCUGAGCGAGAAACUAAUGUUGACUGAUGAUGCUGAUAACGCUAGUAACGCUGAUGAUGCUGAUAGAGAACUCAUGGCAGAGGGUACGAAGAGAGAGGAUAUUUUGGACACGAUUUGGCUUCUUAUGGAACUGUGUUCGUGCAGCGGAACAAAGAGAAGCCUCCCUGAGCAAUCUACGCGAGCUGAGGUCAGACCGCAUCAACAGCUAAGGGUUCCACAUUUUCUACAGAAAGAACCGUUGCGCGAGAGAAGCAUGCGCGUGCCCCCCGUCUACAACUACUUAAUAAACGCCACAUCUCAACUGCCACGUACGAAACAAACGCACGAAGAGAGGCCUUCGUUUAUCGAGAACCUUAUAGAGCAAAUGCGAUGACACAACAGGGGCCGUGGCAGCAGAGCGGUGGAGUCCGUGUAAUCGACUAAUAAUGUGUAUACCUCGAAUAAUAAACACUUCGAAGAGGAUUUCCCAUUUAGAUGGCUUCACUUUAUUUCGUAUAACGCAUCGAUCAUACACGAUCUAUCUAACUGACACCUGGGGUUACACUUCGUAUCAAUAUUUUCUUUGGCAAAACAACCACAUGCCAGCCAUGCUCUGCUAUACACACGCCGUGUUUCGUCCGAGUUUAGUGGGGGGUACGCACGCGUUCACAGUUAUAUACGUGGUACAGCACCACCGCGGCAUUGGCCGGCGAUAUCCAACCCCAAUAAACACAUGAAUACAGGUCAUAUCACUUCACAUUAACAUGCUCAAGGCGAUAUAAAAUCAAGAUCAUUCAAGCGAGAUUUAACUACGUCGCCACAUUAAAAGUCACCUUUACAUCGCGCGCGAGCGCGGUUUUUGAUUUAAAAUGGGAAAAAGGACCAAAGCGACGAGUGUGGUGACGUUCUAAAAUCUCUUGCAUACAAUAUUCAUUACGUUUUUUUGUUUUUUUUUUAAAUACGUUAUAUAUACAAAACUUU